CGGUUUUGCUUGGGUACGCAAUCGAUGGAAUCGAUUCUACGGUGAACCGUUCGCGUUCUAUCGUGAGAGCAGUCAGUGAAGAAAGUGAAGGCGCAACAGUUGGACCAUUAGUGCACCCGCGCUUCUCUAGAACUGAUGCUGGGUCUGAGAAAUCUCAUCUGGCGGCGCAACUUCGUCUUGGAUAUCUUUGCUUAAAACCGCUCUACUAACAUAAUUAUAGACGACGGAUUAAAUCUUAGACAGUAGAAGUCGAGGAUGGCGCAGCUCAAGGUUGCUAUCAUCGGACAGAGUCCCUUUGCGGCAGAGGUCUACAAACUUUUGCGGCAAAAUGGACAUCAGAUCACCGGAGUGUUCACGAUUCCGGAUAAGGGAAAUCGCGAGGAUCCUCUAGCUGUCACCGCCAAAGCCGAUAACACGCCGGUCUUCAAGAUCAAAGCCUGGAGAAGCAAGGGUGUGGCCUUGCCUGAAAUCUUGGACCUGUACAAGAGCAUCGAGGUGGACCUCAACGUUCUUCCCUUCUGCACCCAGUUCAUUCCCAUGGAGGUCAUCAAUCAUCCCCGUCAUCGCAGCAUAUGUUAUCAUCCGUCCUUGCUACCCAGACAUCGAGGAGCGAGUGCCAUAAGCUGGACUCUGAUCCAAGGAGACGAGACCGCAGGAUUGUCGAUCUUCUGGGCGGACGACGGUCUGGAUACCGGGCCGAUCCUUCUUCAAAGAUCCUGCAAAGUGGAGCCGAACGACACGGUGGACAGCCUGUACAACGGCUUCCUCUAUCCGGAGGGUAUCGAGGCCAUGGGCGAGGCCGUGGACCUCGUGGCCAAGAAGCAGGCGCCCAAGAUGCCGCAAACCGAGGAGGGCGCGACUUACGAUCCGUUGCUGAACAAGAAGGAGCUUCAGAAGAUCGAUUGGACCAAGCCGGCGAAGCAGGUCCACGACUUCAUCCGCGGUCUGGAUAGCACGCCAGGUGCCUGGACGACGCUGAACGGCGAGGAGGUGCGCCUCUUCGGCUCCUCCCAAUGGAGCAACGGCAGAUUACCGGAGAUCGAGGCGGAGGUCGACCUCGAGGAGCGAAAAGGGAUCAUUCAUUCGGGUGGUCUGCUGGUCAAGGCCGGGGAUGGACAACACGUCAACGUGGAGAGGAUCAAACUCGGUACCAAGACCAUCCACGCCAGCAAAUACGGACGAGCCGGCGAAGGCGAGGUCGUGGAGUUCACGGAAGAGGAGCUGAAGAUCGUGGAAGGUCUACGUCGAAUCUGGACGGAUAUUCUUAAAAUCGAGGUCGACGACGACACGGAUUUCUUCGUUUCCGGUGCGAGCAGCAUGGACGUGGUGCGCCUGGUCGAGGAGCUUAAAGACAAUUUCGGGGUCAGCCUGCAGAACACAGACGUCUUCAUGGCACCGGUCUUCAAGGAAUUAGCCACAACAGUCGUUCUCGCCGCUCGAGGAAGCGUAGCUGUGAAGGAGAUCAAGUACGACGCGGUGGUGCUACAGGCGAACAACAUGACCCUGAGAUUCCCCAAACAGCUCUUCAUCAACGGCGAGUUUGUCAAUGGUCACGGCAAGCCAGUCGACACGAUAAAUCCCCACGACGAGAGCGUUAUCUGCUCGGUGGAAAGUGCGACCGCCGAGGAUGUCGAUCGAGCUGUCAAAGCCGCCAAGAAGGCCUUCGAGCAGGGCGAGUGGGGUAAAAUCAGUGCCAGGGAACGCGGAGCAUUGUUAUUCAAAUUAGCAAAUUUGAUGGAGGAGCACAAGGAGGAGCUGGCCACCCUGGAAUCCGUGGACUCCGGCGCGGUCUACACCCUAGCUCUGAAGACUCACGUGGGUAUGUCUAUCGAGACGUGGCGCUACUUCGCCGGCUGGUGCGACAAGAUCCACGGUUCGACCAUCCCGAUCUCGCACGCGCGUCCGAAUCGAAAUCUGACGUUCACGAGGCGCGAGCCGAUCGGCGUCUGCGGGCUGGUCACCCCGUGGAAUUAUCCUCUGAUGAUGCUCUCGUGGAAGAUGGCGGCCUGUCUGGCGGCCGGGAACACCGUGGUGAUGAAACCGGCCCAGGCCUCGCCAUUGACAGCAUUAAAAUUCGCCGAACUGUCAGCGCGCGCCGGAAUUCCACCCGGUGUCAUCAACAUCGUCUGCGGGAUCGGCAGCGCCGUCGGAAACGCCAUAGUCGAGCAUCCGCUGAUCAGGAAGUUGGGUUUCACCGGGUCCACGCAGAUCGGCCAGACCAUCAUGAAGAGCUGCGCCGACAGUAACCUGAAGAAGGUGUCCUUGGAGCUCGGCGGCAAGAGUCCCCUCGUCAUCUUCGAGGACGCUGACUUGCAGCACGCGGUCAGGAUCGGGAUGAGCAGCGUCUUCUUCAACAAGGGCGAGAACUGCAUCGCCGCUGGACGACUCUUCGUCGAGGAGACAAUCCACGACGAGUUCGUGAGACGCGUGGUCGAAGAGGUGAAGAAGAUCUCCAUCGGCAAUCCGUUGGACAGAAGCACAGCUCAUGGACCGCAAAAUCAUCAGGCCCAUCUGGGCAAACUCUUGCAGUUUGUUCAGAUCGGGAUCGAGGAAGGUGCGACGUUGGUUUACGGCGGCAAGAGAUUGGACCGUCCUGGCUGGUACUUCAAGCCGACCGUGUUCACGGACGUCCAGGACAAUAUGUACAUCGCCAAGGAAGAGUCCUUCGGACCCAUUAUGGUGAUCUCCAAGUUCAGCUCGAAGAACGUCGACGAGAUGAUCGCUCGGGCGAACAACACCGAAUUCGGCUUGGCCUCGGGCAUCCUCACCAAGGACAUCAGCAGGGCGCUCAGAUUCGCGGAGAAGAUCGAGGCUGGUACCGUCUUCAUCAAUACGUACAACAAGACGGAUGUAGCGGCUCCCUUCGGCGGCUUCAAGAUGUCCGGAUUCGGGAAGGACCUGGGUCAGGAGGCGCUUAAUGAGUAUCUGAAAACGAAAACCGUCACCGUCGAGUACUAACAAAUUAUAGGAAUCAUAUAUAUAUAUAGAUAUAUUCUUCGAAUAUAUGUUGUAAUAUAUUUUAGAUACAUCUGUAUUUAAUGACGAAGCGUGAUUUGCAUCGAAAUCUACAAUAAUGCCUGUAAUAAUGUUAAACAUUAUGCGCAAUAUUGUAUGUACAUGUCUUUAAUUAAGUCCCUUGAAACAUAUAUGUAUCCGGGAAAAAUUUUUUAUAUAUAACAAUAUAAAAUUAUAUAUGAAAUAUGU